AUGCGUUUCCCCCCGCUGCCCCAGCAUCUCAACUCGGCUGAGUUCGCUUUCCUGCAUCCUGUACGAAUGAAGAUGUAUUUCCUUCGCUACUUUUUCGCGGCUACUGCGCUCUCCAGCCUUGCAGGCGCGUAUGCUACAGACGAUGCAUCCUUUGGGAUGAAGCGCGGUGAAGCGGGUUUUGGCAGCGAACCUGUCUUCCAAGGUACUGAGCCCGGUGCUUUUCUAGAAGCGCUGCUGCAGGAGAAGAACGAAACAGCGCCAUCUGUUCUGCAAGACCGCACCGUAGAACUAUACGGAAAACGCCAAAACUGCCAAUCUGGAUACGGGUACUGCGCAUCACUGGGAGGCUGCUGUCCCAGCACAAACAACUGCUGCUCGUACGGCUACUGUCUCGAGCCAGGCAAGACAUGUUGUCCCACCGGGCCCUGCGCCGCCGGCUCUUCGUGCUGCGGCAACAACAACUGCCACCCGGAGGGCACGCAGUGCUGCAAAAACGGACGAUACUGCGAAGCGGGGAAUAUCUGUGUGAUUUACAACGGUCAAAGUGGGUGUUGCACUGAUUUGAAAUGCACUGCUGUUGUGCGGUCGGGCACGACUUCCUUCGCCACGACGACAACGGCAGUCCCGCCUCCGCCUCCGUCGACAAUCACGCAGCCGCCGCGCACGACAGAGGUGUUGGUGGACGUGUAUUCGACGUACUACUGGACUAUGACGUGGCGGUAUUUCAGCUACUACUGGUAUGUCUUCGGAUCUCAGAGUACAGUGACAUACACCACCAUCACCGUGACCACGACCUACAAGACGACAGCGACCGACGACAGCGCCGCAUCGAGCAUCUUCGCCCAGCUGAUCAAGACGCUGGUCUUCUCGACGCCCGCGGAUGCAACGACGUUGGCGAGCCUGGUCGGCGCCGUGCCGAGCGCUACUGCGACACCGACAACGGCGCUGGAGACAGAGAACUCGAGUGCUUCGGAGGCGGUGGUGGUAGUACCCACUUCUUCGGAGAGUUCUGCGACUCCGUCAGAUGACGGCGCUUUCGAGUCCAGCUUGUCAGCGCUGCUGUCUUCCAUCACCCGGGCAUCGACAUCUCGCUCUCCGUCGUCUCGGGUUACGACGAGUUCCAGCACUCCUGCUUCGUUCACGGGGGGAGGGAGCGAGGCGGGUGGAUUAGCUGUACAGAUGCCGCUCAUGGUGCUAGCGGCACUGAGUGGGGUCUUAAUGGUAUGGCUUUGA